ACCUUCACCAUCUCUCUCAUCCUCUUACUAGUCCCUAAUUGUUGAAACCAUGGCUUCCUCAAACUUCAUGGCUUCUUUGGCUUUAAUUCUAGUUCUGCUAGCUGUUACUGUAAAAGCAAAUGAUAAUAUACCUCCUGCUCUCGCUCCUUUCUUUGACAACCUAUGCAAUGAAGUGGAAUGUGGGAAAGGAACUUGCAAGACAUCACCUGGAUCCCCAUUCAACUUCGUAUGUGAAUGCGAUGCUGGUUGGAAGCGCACCCGUUUUGACAACGAAGAAAAUCUUCAAUAUCUUCCUUGCAUAAUUCCAAACUGUACUCUUGACUACUCGUGCAUGCCGGCCGCCCCUCCAGCACCUUCCGUUCCAUACAACUCGUCUCUCUUUGAUCCUUGCUACUGGAUCUAUUGUGGAGAAGGUUCAUGCACAAAGAAUGCAACAUAUACACAUACAUGUCAAUGCAACCCGGGUUACCAAAAUCUUAUGAAUAUCAGUGUCUACCCUUGCUACGGUGAAUGUGCAAUUGGAUCUGAUUGUGCAAGACUUGGAAUCGUAUCUAAGUCAUCAUCAUCCUCACCUACAUCCUCUUCGUCAGGGAAUGGGAAUAGUCAAGGAAAGUUCCAUUGGAUAAGCAUCUUGCUGAUCUCUAUGGCUAUGGCCCUGUGGAAAUAAGAUGAGAAGCACUAUGAAGAUCCGCCCCACCCCACUUUUGGUUUCGUCACACAGAUUUUGAUUUUAUACCUUAGUUUGAUACAUGUGUUUAUGUUAGUUUGAUUGGUGUAUGUGUAAUCUAUCAGUGUUAUAUGAAUAAAAGCUUUACAGUGUAUAAAUAAAUAAAUACAGUAAGAGGGGGAGGGUCUGUGACUACUUUACAG